UUCCAAACAUUAGUUAAACAUGAAGUUAAAUAAAAAAAUAAGCUGUACUAUUAAUUUAAAAUUAAUUUUUUGUAUAAUUAUAGUUAUAAUUUUAACAAAAGUACACAGUAGUGGAAAUAUAAAAUUAUGUCAAUAUGAGGAAAAAGUGCAAACAUUAAAAAAAAUAAAUCCACAUCCAUGUCCACGUAAGGGUUUUGUGACGGUUUUUGCUGCAGGACAUUUAGGUAAUCAUAUAAGUCAAUAUGCUGGUGUAUGGUCUGUUGGCCGCCUUACAGGAUUAAUGCCAAUUGUUCCAGCACAAAAUAUUUUACAUGACGCCAAAUUAAAUGUAACUGAAAGUAGCCAAAGUAUUAAUUACGAGAUAACGUAUAUUGGUAUUCAUGUACGACGUACCGAUUACAUUUCACUUUUGAAAAGAUAUGGUGUUAAAGGUUUCGUUAAACCAGAGUAUUUUUUACAAGCAAUGAAGUAUUUUGAAAAUAAAUUUCCCAAUGUGAUUUUUAUUGUUAUAAGUGAUGAUCCAAAAUGGUGUAAGAAAAAUAUAGGAAACCAUCAAAACGUUUAUAUUGCAAGUAAAAUAAACUUAUAUAAUACAACAGAACAAGAUUUUGCCGUAAUGGCGGCAUGUAAUCAUUCAAUUAUUGACUAUGGUACUUUUGGCGCUUGGGGCGCAAUUUUAGCAGGUGGAGAAACAAUUGUUUAUAAGAUUCCAAAUAUGCAACCGGGUCAUACAGGGUCAGAAAUAGCUGAAUUGUUACCCAAUUGGCACUAUUUGUAA